AUGCAGAUUCGAAUUGCUGUUUAUUCGUCGGACGCCUUAGGAAGUCGUUUCUCCGUCUUGGAGGCAGUCAUGCCAGAUUACUUUGUUAUCGCGCUUAUGGCGCACAUGCUUCGUCGUGGAAGAACCAUGAACCGGCCUGUGCAGGAUCUCCGGGAAAUCACAUCUAAAUUCGUCAAGGCCAUAGAAUUAUCGCUGAAGUGGAUCUUUGAAGACUUGUCUCUAGGAGGAAAUACGUACAAGACUUUUAUGACCAGGGCUAGAAAAGGGGGCAAGAAGAUACCGCGGAACAUUCGCAUUCAGAACUUCCGAUUCCCUGACUAUGGCAACUUCAAUGCAUGGAUCCCUGGGAUAUCCCGUACUCGUGGGACAGAGCAGUCACUCCUGAUGUCCUUCACGCGAGCCGUUAGAAGACACCCUUUUGGAUGGCGUCGAAGGAAAUGUCGUGCUCUCUCACGGAAGUUGCGGGACGUAGAGGCAUUCUUCUGA